UCUACAUGUACACUGGACAUAGGCACAAACUACCUGGGACUCUUACCGAAAUUUAUCAAAAUACCAGACUCUUUCUACAAAACAGGGAAGAAUAUAGAACUGACCAUUGUUCGUGAUAAAAAGACCUCGGUCCGGUCAUUAUCUACAAAUACGUGUUCAUGUGAUGAUCUAACAACCUCGCACCAAGUCAAUUGUAACUGACAGGGAAGGUGAGACAUUGGAAAGACCUUGCGGUUUUACCUAAAUGUUGUCAACAAUCACUACCGAAGCCUCGGAUUAAGGUAAUUUACAUUUUCCUUCAAUUCCAAUCAAAUGGAUCUACGUUUUGAAUUCACAGCAAAUUAAAAUAAGACUAUCCCGAAUAAGUGAAGAGAAGAGACAGUGGACGAGUACCCGGAAACAGUAAAGUGUAUAAGGGCAGUUGACGAGUAUCCCCGAUACGGUGGGAGAGUUCCGGGAGUAGCGACCAAUACAGUGUGUCUGUGAAGCCUAGUUACUUUACCUAGCAAAUGGUAACCAUAUUCAAAAAAGUCAUUAUUAAGAAUACGAUUCAACAUUAAAAGAAGACAAAUCGUCAUAAGACCAGUUACCGCCAAUAGGGAAACCUAUACUUGAUGAAUCACUGUUAAUGCCUAUUUGUCGGACAUUUUGUGGUGAGCCCGAGCACGAGCUACGGCAAUGCUAACUCUUGUGUUUGUGUGUUGUGUUGUAUUUGUGACCGGGCGGGGUGUUACCUCUCCUCAAACAGAAUGUCUGCCGGAGUUCGGAUGCUUUAUUUCAGACGGAAUCGUUCCUGUUCCCCAGCAACCGGCCGUCGUCGACACGCACCUGAAGCUGUUCACGCGCUCGAGCCCGCAUAGCCCGAGGACGAGUUUUGCAGUCGACCAAUUCGACAGCCAUAUCAACAAAUUUGCCUCGCUAUUGGAUACCACAAAAGACACCAAAGUCAUCGUACACGGGUACAUUGGUUCAGGAUCUAUGCCCUGGGUGGUUCAGAUAACGAGUGAACUCCUGCUGAAGGGAGACUUCAAUGUGAUUGUUGUGGACUGGCAAACCGGAAGUCAACAGGAGUACAACCUCGCUGUGGGUAACUCGUAUCUGGUAGGGGCAGAAGUAGCCAAGGUACUGACGUAUCUUCACGACAAUCGCACGCUCGACUACGUUAGAGUACACAUCAUUGGUCACAGCCUCGGGGGCCAGAUCGCCGGGCAUAUUGGUUACCGGAUCAAGGGGAUCGGUCGUAUUUCUGGACUGGACCCUGCCGAGCCGGACUUCCGGGACAAAGACACUAGCCGGAGACUUGACCAGUCUGAUGCGACCUUCGUGGACAUUAUCCACACAGAUGGGUCAAAGUUUAAACUUUUGUCGGGUUACGGCUUUCUGGCUCCGAUGGGUCACGUGGAUUUCUAUCCUAACGGGGGUCAGCAUCAGCCCGGAUGUGACGAGAAACCUAUCAUCAGUGCAAUAGACAGCAUCCUGCACGGGUCAAUAGGAGGCGCCACUAGAUCCGUAACCUGUAGUCAUAAUCGAGCUGUUGAUCUGUAUAUUGAGUCGAUCAACUCAGCCUGCAGAUUUUACGGUCACACGUGCUCAUCCGCGUCUAAGUUUGACGACGGCUCGUGCAUGGGCUGUUCCGUGGGUGGCUGUCCAGUGAUGGGAUACGACUCGAACCAAACUUCUCAGCGGGGCUCCUUCUAUCUGAGUACGGCCGGGUCUGCGCCCUUCUGUGCACGUGAGUACUAUGUCGAAAUACACGUGUCCCAUCUGGCAAGUACUUCAUAUGGAGAGUUGUUGGUGACUCUAACGGGUAUGAACGGAGGAUCCGAAGAAAUUAAAUUUUCUCCACGUAACGAGUAUUUCCGGCGUGACCAGGUAGAAAAACACGUCAUAGGUACCAAUACCGAUAUAGGUCAUGUAAAGUCACUGCGCGUGAAGUAUGUCGAGCCCAGCCACAACCAUCAUACGUCACACACGGCGCAUGAAAUUAGACUACACAGUGUUAUAAUGGGAUCUACAGAAAGAUCGAACGACAGAGUUAAGUUUUGCGGACAUGAGAACGGAAUCCACCCUGAUGGGAGCCUUACCCUCUCCUCGUCAUUGAACUGUUAGGACCCUCAGUCUGCCCUAAUUCUGGGAUUGUUAGGACGGAAUCUACCCUGAUGUGAAUCUUACCCUGUCCUCGUCAUGGGACUGUAAAAACCCUAAGUCUGCCCUCAUUCUGGGACUGUUAGGACGGAAUCCACCCUGAUGGGGCCUUCACUUUAUCCUCGCUUUGAGAAUGUAAGGACCCGUAGUCUGUCCUCAUUCUGGAACUGUUCGGACGUGCUUCACGUUGAUUGGCCCUCCUUCUGACUUUGCUCUGGAACUAGGAGGACGGACCGCGUCUUCAUGAACCCAACGCCGAGGAUGUUGAGGAGAAGCCCAUUACGGAUUUCUAAACAUGAUAAAGUUGUUAUAUUUUCUAGGAUUA